AUGGAUUUCCCGGCCAAUCAAGAGGAGUACUUCAGGCGUAUUGAAGAAUUCGCCGUUGAAACGCCGGAUGGAAUACAUUAUCCAUACGAGCAGUAUCUAUAUCCAGAUGAAAGACCGAUCGGAGCCGGGAAGAUGAAAAAUACUCGACCACAAACCGCAAAAACUAGACAUGUCUCGGCGCCUGUUCGCAAGGCUAAAGUGCUGCUGAAUUCUACGAUGGCCACGGCUACUAAUGAUGAACUGUUGAACGUUUUAGAUCGUCUAUUUUCGAUACUAGCGCCUGGCGUUGAAAAAGCUACUAUCAACAUCACGCCGCUCGACGAGACUCCCCUAUCAUUAGACGUUCCAUAUGGCGUGAUUAAGAGGCGUGCUGCGAAUUGGGUGCUCAACGAGAUUGAUCGAUCGAUGCAGAGCUCUAAACCCGUCCUAAACUUAGUGGGUGAAUGGUUGGAAGUGACAGCGCAGAUCGUAGAACCGUGUGUUCCGGUAGCUUCUGGACGUCCGAAGACUCGAAUUGAAUUAAUGUCUGGCAAGAAUUCCCGAGUGUUGACAGACCCCAAAGGUACAUCGCUGUGUCUUCCAAAGGCUUUUGCAUUGGGACUCGCGUACUCAAAACUCGAGCGAUCUCGGGGCACGGCUGUACACACGCUUUCUAAAAGUCGAUGGGACAAUUUACUGAAGAAGCCGAAACUCCUCGAAGCGGCAGCUAGAAAAGUGAUGAUUAAGGUUGGAAUUGUAAAGGAGCGGAACUACGUUUACGGCGAUUUGGUGAAGCUACAAGAAGGCUAUUCCUGUCACCGGCUAAUGGUUUUCAACACAGGAGGUAUACCGUUUUUCAAUUCGCCGCGAACCGAAGGAAUGUCUACAAAGCGAACAAUAUCUCUAUGCCUUGAUGAUAGGAUCACAGGACGCGGACAUUAUAUGCACAUUAAGAGGCUCAACAGAUUCCUCGGCAGUGGGUACCACUGCAGUGUAUGCAAUGUUAAAUACAACGAACAGGCAUCACACUAUCGGUGCCCUUUGAAAUGCACAAUGUGUGGACUUCAAACAUCUGACGGGAACUUGUCAGGGUGUGUUGGGGACGGCGAUAUGGUCCCGAUCCAUAACUGCCGAAAAUGUCUGCGCAGUUUUUAUACCAUCACCUGCUACGACAGACAUGUGAAGCCUGCGAGUGGUGGUGUUUCAUGGUGUGAUCGAGCUGAGAAGUGUUCUAAAUGCCACACGACCCUCCGAAUGGGCAGAGCGUCCGGAGAGCUACACGAAUGUGGAACCACUUUUUGCAAAACGUGUCACCAGAAACAUACUGAAGCGAAGGCGCACUUCUGCGCAAUUACGUGCUCCGACCGCUUUGGAAUUCAUCAGAUGACUGACUCCGAGCGUCAAAAGCAUGAUAAUAAGUUGAGAGCUUCUGAAGAAUACCGUCGAUCGUUGAUGACCGAUGAACAGAGAUGGUACAACAUGAAAGUGGCUGCCGGCUCUAGUUUCAAUAUGAAAGCGAUGCUGGAGAAGUAUUGUUUGCAAGAUGUGACACUGCUCGCUGAAGGUGUAUGGAAAUUUUCCACAUCUUUCUCGGCUUAUUUGAAGGUUGACCCGCUAUCAGAAGCCACUACUAUAGCAUCAGCCGCUAUGCUGGUUUUUCGUCGUUUAUUCGUCAACCCGAACUUGCCGCCAGUGAUUGCGUUGUCAAUAGAGUCCAUUGUUUCGAAAACCGGAACGCAGUCCAAACUUGGACUAGCUUACCUAGAAUAUCUACGUUUAACCGUGGAACCUGAUAUGAGACAUGCGGGAACAAGCGGUGGAGAGUUCACGGUGCCCGGAACUAUGUAUAAAGUGGACGGUUAUGUACCCGCAACGUCAACUCGUAAAUCUAAAAUCUGGAAAUUACGUGAAAAGGAUAUGGAUGUUGACACUUUUUUCCUGACCUGCGAUUUUUCGGAACCUCUAUCGCCCCGUGAAUGGUUUUAUGGCGGACGUGUGGAGGUUUUCCGGACCCGGGCUAUAGCGGACAAAAGAACUGUGCUGGAAUAUUUCGACUAUUGCAGCCUGUACCCUUAUGUGAAUAAAUAUUCUGCAUAUCCUAUCGGUCCUCCUCAAACCGUCGAUCCGGGCGAGAUCAUGUUGCCGAUAUUACCCGGAGAGUUGAUACCUUUGAAGGGAGCCAUGCGGUGUAAGGUGCUACCACCUGUCGAUCUCCAUGUGCCUGUAUUGCCCUACCGCUCGAAGAGAGGAGCUCUGGUUUUCGGUUUAUGUCGGACCUGUAUGGAAGAGAUAUACGCCGAUAAAUGCCCCCAUAACAACCACGAGCGUGCGAUCAUCGGGGCAUGGGCAACAGUCGAGCUACAAAAAGCUCUUGAAAAAGGCUACACGAUCGUCGAAAUUUAUCAGGCUGUCAGCUGGGACAAAUGGAGUCGGUGGGAGCGCCACGUGGAUGGUACUAUAACACAGGGACCAUUCUCGGGAUAUAUUGAUCGAAUGUUAAAAUUAAAGACGGAAGCGUCAGGAUACCCCGGUUGGGUGUUUGAAGCUGAGACCACGGAUAAGGUCGAAUCCAAUAAGGAACUAUAUGUGGAGAAUUACUUCGAAAAUGAAGGAAUCAGGCUUGAACAUUCGGCGAUUCGGCGAAACCCUGAAUUACGCCAAGUAGCUAAACUUUUGGCCAACUCACUAUGGGGAAAGACAGGCCAGCGGACCAAUAUGCCGAAAUCUGAGUUUAUAUCUGAUCCUUCAAAGCUCUGGAGGAUGCUUGACAACCCUGGUCUGGAGAUACUGGAUCUUGAACUUGUCAACCCCAUGCUGAUGCACCUAAAAUACGUCGAAAUCGUCGAAGCGUGUAAGAGGGUGCUGCCGUACGUGGCCGUGCACUACGCGGCUCUGACGACGGCCUAUGCGCGCUUAAGACUCUAUGAAGCACUCGAAAGAGUGAAUUCGGAGGAUCUGAUUUACACAGAUACCGAUAGCAUAGUGAUCAAGCGCCAUGUCAAUGCCACGGAUACUAAACAUCCGCUUGCACCGCUCAUUGGGGACUUCUUAGGCCAACUGGUCAACGAGAUUCCAAUAGUACUGCACCUGAAUAUGCAACUGGCUUGGCCUUCAUGUAUGCUGCUAUGCGGCCCUAGUUCUUGCGGGAAAACGACGCUGUUAAGAGAAAUCAUUGACCGUUGCGAUACGCUCUAUUGCGAGCGUCCUAGAAUUAUCAUCUUUGCAUACAAUGAGUAUCAACCGGGCUAUGACGCUUUUGCAUCUAGGCAGAAUAUUAAGAUGAUUGAAGACGACAAUGAAAACCCGAUCGAAGCCUUCAUGGUCCCCAAAUGCCUUCAAAAAUCUAUG